AUGUCAGGCCUACAAAUCCAACUCCAAAAGUCCUUUGGGAUCUGUCUGAACUCCAGCCACACACCGGACUCGGUCCAGAGCAUCCCUUUCAUCACUGGCUCGAUCCGCCGUCGAUACCUGGGCAUCCAAGUCGGCUUGGGAUCCCUCACAGACGCCAACUGGGACGCUUGCUACCGCUCCACGGUCACCCGCCUCCAGACGGCAAGUAGCAAGACCCACCACCAGCCGGCCCGAGCCCUCGUCCUCAAAACCAUCGUCCAGUCGAAAUUCGCCUUUCUGGCAUCACACAUUCCCCCCUCCCCAUCUUAG